AUGGUCGGGGUACAGCUGCAUCGGCAUCUGCCUUACCUUCAUCUUCUUCGUUUGUCGUGUCUGCAUUUGAGCAGCAACAAAGACGCUAGAAUUCUCGCACACGUUAAGACGGAGCAGCCAUUGUUGAGCCGUUCAAGAGGCCAUAGCGCACAAGGUCUGGCAGCUACGGAGACGACGAAAUGGCGAGAAUUACGAGGCGAGCUGGCGGUAGAUAGAUCGAAGAAUACUUGGUGGGGGUGGCGAGCUGGCGAUAGAAAUAUAGAGGGAGAUCUGCCGGGCGGCGAGCCGGCGGCUGAAUUAUUAUAUCUGCACAAUCGCUCCUUUAUCCCCAGAGCGGCACGGGUCUGGACCAUCGCCGCCGCGACUAUUCCUCUUCUCCAGUUUUGUUUAUGCGUUGUUGCAUGUGGGUUCGACCCGUUUUCUUGGAGGAGGAACAUGAUCAUUGGCCAAUCGAGCCAAUACUCUACGGUUGCAGUCGAAAUUGGUGACGUGGCGGACACUUGUAAAGAGGAGAAUCUGAAGAAACACGUGCUCCGACCCUUAUCUCCUCAUCUCCCCAUCUACAAACCCCAGCUAAGUUCGACCACCUCAAUUCUCAAUAGGAUAUCUGGAGUUUAUCUCACUGCUUAUGUUCUUGGUUUUUAUCUUGUUCCUAUUAAACUGGGUUCUGUUAGCUUCAGCUAUGAGGAUGAGAUAACCCACGGUCACAUGCAGGCUCCCGGCGCCGACGAUCUCGUGGCGGCUAGAACCAAAGUGGCGACCUGGCUACACGGCUCGGCUGGAGAAGACAGGUUAAAGGCGACGGAGAUGAUUAAAGCAAUGAUCGAGGAUGGUGUGCGGGUGUGGGCCGAUCGGGCAGCGCUGAUCCCCAAUCUGUGGGAUGUUAUGCCAGAACCUUCAAAAACUGGGAGAAUCUCGUUUACGAGUCCGUAA